UUUAAAAAAGAUAGAAGAUAAAAAUGAGAAAGAAAAGAUGGAAAGGACUAAACCCAAAAUAUUAGUUUAAUUAAAAGUGACAUAUAUUAUUUAAAAAUGAGAAAAAAAAAAAUCAGUUGCUAGGUUUAGUGACUCACUUCCUAAUAGGUGGGGUUCAAAUUGACCUGAAAACCCAAAAAAGACAUGUAAAUGUUAAAAUUAAGGAUUAUGCGUGCAAAACUUUUGGGUCGGGAUCUGAACCAAAUUAUUUUUUACAUAUUUCCUAGGACCUUUAAAAUUUAUUGACAUAUAAGUAGGGCAAAAUUUAAGUGCAUUUGAACCUUAUAUCAUCUGCAAAUUUUAACGGGAGGUUUCUCUUAUCUUCUUAGUAUGUCUCGGUUGUUGCUAUAUUUCGAUGGUGAGUUACGUAUUUCGGGCGAGUUCACACCAGCUUAUAUUGGGGGAAGAAAUAGACCGCUCCUCAUCGAUGGAAUAAUUACUCUUGAAAUGUUAAAAUUAAGGAUUAUGCGUGCACUAAGGAUAAAUCCAACAACGAACACUAUUAACCUCACAUGUCGUAUUCGAGAUAAUGGUGGAUUUUCGGCAACCAAUGUCUUCGAUGAUGAGAUAUGUGAGUACAUGUUGAUGGAGGCCAGAACCCAUACUGUCGUUGUAUAUGUUGAGGUUGAGCAAAUAAGUGGCGGCCAAGCUGAUGUCCCAUCAGCUCAAGCUUUCGUGUGAGUUUCAAUCAAUAGUUUUCAUAAAUAUAUGAACGAACAUCUCCAUUGUCCUCAUUUAACUUUUGUGUAUUAGGCCCACAACAACGUCUGAGGCCUUUAUGCCUAUUGUUAGAGAUAUUUCUAGCAAUGUUGAAGCAAUGUUGAAGAUCAUUUACAUGGGCAUAAUUGGUUCUGUGAGCGAUGUAUUCAUUCAACGCAACAUCUUCCAAGAGCUGAACCUAGAUGUACUGCUGUUGAACAUUCCUCCUGGGAGACAACUAACUACGAACAAGCACAAAACAUCCUACCCUCAGUAGCUUCAAUGCCCCGUAAUUCACAACACGAGCCGUACACGGGAGAACAUGCUGAUGGUGGUAGAGAUGAAGUUGAAGGCUAUGAAACAAUAAAUAGCAGUAGUAGUAAUUCAUCGGAUGAUGAUAGCCCAAGAUUAUACUCCCAAUGUCCUAUGGAAGAAUUUAACAACAUAGAAUGUAAUGGCCAAGGGUACAUUGAAGAUCACGCAACACAAAAUUGUGAUGGGUUAGAUGGGAUGAACAUGAAUAACGAAUUUGUCGAAACUGUUAGGACAACACAACAGUGGGAUGAUGAUGAAAAUUUUGAUGCCCCCUGUGUAAACAUUGUCAGCCCGACAGAAGCAACUUCUGCAGUUGAUUUAUAUGACGGUCAGAUAUUUCAUACUAAGGUAGAUUUACAAGCCGCAAUUAAUGGUUGGUCGAUUCUUCAUAAUGUUCAAUUUUUAAAUUCAACGUCAAACAAGAUUCGUUUGAGUAUCAUGUGUGCCCAACAUGACAAUGUUGAUCGUCCUUGUCUUUGGCGCUUACAUGCAUCACGAAGUAAACGUCUAGGUGGGUUAUGGAAAAUAUCAACAUGUGGCCCUCCACAUACAUGCACCCACCCAAUUUUGGCUAGCGGACAUCAUAACUGCACAACGAAGUUUAUAUGCAGACUUAUCAUUCCUAUAAUUAGACAACAACUAGACAUGAAGCCGAAGGAGAUUGUUGCGAGAAUGGAGUCAAAAUUUGACAUCAAGAUUUCAUAUAUGAAGGCAUGGGACGCACGUAGAAAAGCUAUUGAAGCCACCUUUGGUAGCUACGAACAAUCUUAUCGUUCUCUUUUUUGUUUUAUGGAGGCCUUACGAUUAUCACAACCAGGCUCUGUAUAUAGUAUUCAUGUCGUGGCUCCGACACGCUUUAAGGGACUUUUCUGGGCAUUUGGUGCAAGUAUAUGUGGUUGGGAACACUGCCGGCCAGUCCUGAGCAUGGAUGGGACAUUCUUGCUUGGAAAGUAUCGAGGGACCCUCUUGGCUGCGGUAGGAAUAGACGGGAAUGGUGGAUUAUUUCCACUCGCAUUUGCGGUGGUGGAAUCAGAGAGCAAUGAAUCAUGGAUUUGGUUCCUACAAAAACUACAAGAAUUAGUACCUACUGUAGUUGCUCGGGAGAAGUUAUGCAUUGUUUCUGAUAAGCACCCCGGACUUGUACGUGGAUGCAGGGAAGUAUUUCCAAAUGCAGUUCAUAGGCACUGUCUUCGUCACUUGCGUGAAAAUUUUAAGAAGAUGGUUCGUCGUUUAGGAACUCCUGAUAGUGAGGGAUUAAGUAACAAAAUGUAUUUUGCCGGAAAUACAGAUGAUUACUUAUAUUUUAAUCGAAUGAUGGAUGAAAUUAAAAUGAUAAAGCAAGAAGCAUUCGACUGGUUAGUACAACGUGACGUCUCCAAAUGGUCACUACUUUUUGAUGAAGGACAUCGAUAUGGUAUCAUGACCACCAAUGCGUCUGAAUGUUUUAACGGUGUCCUUAAACGAGCCCGUGGUCUUCCAAUUCAAGGCCUAAUUAUGUCAAUUUAUUAUAACCUCGUUGCACUAUUCCUGAGGAGAUCAGCUGAAGCUCAAAAGUGGGUUGAGGCAGGCCAAUCACCCUUCGUUCCACAAACAAUGGUUGUGAUACAAAGAGCUGAACGUGAUGCUCGACGAUGUCCUGAACCAGUGACGAUUAACAGAAAUGAAUUUGAAGUGAUUGAUACAUCUUCCCGAGCAAACAAGGUUGAGAUAACAAAUGCAGCCUCCUGUACAUGCACUUGUCUGAGACCACAACGUUAUCAUGUCCCAUGCGUUCAUGUCGUUGCAGUUGCUGGAGCUAGGCGGUGGGAUCAUAAUGCAUUUGUAUCACCCAUUUUUACUAUUGAGAAGUACCUCGCUACGUACUCCAAAUUAUUUCAUGUCUUCCCCCCGAAAGACAUAUGGCCCGGCUUUAAUGAAGAGCAUGGAUUAAUUCCUUUACUGGCACCCACUUUUAGACGUCGUGCUGGUCGACCACGAAUGAAUAGGUUUCGAAACACCAUGGAUGAGCUGUCAAGUAGUUCAAAUAAAGCAUGUGGCUUUUGUAAACAAACAGGCCACAAUAGAUCAACUUGUCCGCAUAAUCCUUCUUCAUCAAGGUUAUCUUCAGUCACAACAUAUUUUGCUCUUAAAAGAAUUGACUGACAAGAAAAAUCUAAAAUUUAUAUAUUAUGUUAUUUUUGUAGGUAUGGCCGACAGAUCUAGACGUGCGCGUUUUGGCCGACGCACAUCUCAUCGCACUGCCGAUGAAAAUGUCCCAAGGGAACUUAGUAUUGCGUCACUGGGGGAGUCUCAUAGGGCACACGAUCCUGAUCAUGUAAGUUACCUAAAUAAUUUUAAAUAUUCAUUAGUUCUGUCGUGCUUAAAUAUCAUUUUAAUUUGUAUAAAUUUGAAAUUUUCAGGCUUCUCCUUUAGUAGCGUCAUCUCAUAUGCGAAUGGCUAGGGAAUGGCCAAUUGAUUGCCCACGGAUGAUUUACGUAUUGACUAACCUGGGAUUGUAUAACCUCAGGCAUUUGCAGUUUAUAAGGUUGGAUCACAACCUAAUUCAGGCAUUGGUGGAGAGAUGGUGCCCAAUAACAAACACAUUUUAUUUAACAAUCGGCGAGAUGACUAUCACAUUGCAAGAUGUACAAAUUUUACUGGGGCUUAGAAUUGAUGGACCUGUAGUGGUUGGCCCAAAUGUUGUUGGGCAAGGACGUAUUUGGCCAACAUGGCCGAGUUGCUGUGACGAGUUACUUGGUUCACAUCCCGGACGGGAGACAGUAUACCAUGACCCGAAUGAUGAGGAAGACGUAGUGACAUUCAGGAUGGGUUCUUCACAAAUUGAUUCUAUGCUCCCACUACGUUGGCUCCGCUGGACAUUUUACAGAGAGUCCUAUGAUGAUUUGGCACCCGAGAUUUUCUUACGACAUGUUCGUGCAUACAUCCUAUUCAUGAUAGGUUGUUUUCUGAUACCAGACACAUCACGGAGUCAUGUAUCGCUACAAUGGUUACCUCUGCUUGCGGAUGUUGACAGCUUCAGUAGGAUGUCUUUGGGUGGUGCCGUUCUUGCACAUCUUUAUAGGGAGCUCUGCUACGCGACAAGGCCAACGAGGACAUAUAUAGCAGGAUGUGUUGCACUCCUACAAGUAUGGUCAUGGGAAAGACUGUACAUUGGUCGACCGACACUACGAGUGCCUCAGAUUAUUGACUUAGCAGGACGUCCAUUGGGUUGCAGGUUAGUACGCUUUAUUCAAUGAAAGAUUUUUUGUUAUUUCAUUAAUAAUGAUUCGUAUAAAUUUAUAGGUGGGCUGAAGACAGGAUACGUGAGCUCCUGCAGGCAAUACAAUGACGUAUAGAGAUGAGUUUGAUGGGUUGCGUAUGAGUCAGGUAUAACAAAAGUUUGAUUAUGUCAUUAAAUAGAUUUAAAAUUUUUUACAAACUUUUAAAUAUGACAUGUAACUUAUGCCUAGGUUAUCAUGACUCCAUAUACCCAAGUAGUUUUAGCUAGCCUUCCAUUACAAUUUCAUGAUGGAGAAGAGAUUUGGAGGGCACGAGUACCGCUUAUCAGUUGGAAGCGUGCAGAGUGGCACCUACCAGACCGGGUUGUUAGACAAUUUUCAGGUAUGCCAACCAUUGAUAUAGAGCCCAUGGAUCCAUCGUUCAGGCGCAUCGACGGCCGAGGUCGAGCUGAUCAAGAUUGGACAAUACAGUACCGUGACUACCUCCAAAUAUGGGAGGAGAGAAGGGCUUACGUGGUUCCAAUCACCCCUCUAGUAGGGACAGGCAACCGAGAAGUAGGAGCUUAUCUACGAUGGUAUAGAUCUUAGGCUUCUAUCUACUUGUUGCAACCUCAAAUUGAGCUUCCGGAGACCUUCUUUCCUCGAUCACCUGGCGAGAGAUUAGUGGCGGAUUACUAUAUACGAUCAUCAGCGAUACUUGAGCCACUCGCUGGGGCCGGCGGACAAAAUGCUAGUUCACUGCAGAUGGCCAUUGAUCAGGUUGCUGAAUUGUCUGCCCGAGUUCAGCAAUCGGUUUACAUCGACUACACAACCUUUGAUACAACUACGGAGGCAGAGCAACAAAGGAGAGAACGCGCAGAGACCUCUCAUGGGCAGCAGCAUACUAGACGAUCUGUUUCUGAUGCUCCGUCACGAUCGAUGGGAGGUAGGCACCGUCGGCCUGUUGUGCCGGAUCCGCAUCGCCAUUCCAUGCAUACACCAUCCAUGGCUUAUGAUUACAUUGGACCAGGUUCUUCGGCCCCACAUUGGAGCCCACACGUUGGACAGUCUAGUCAACCAGGUCAGAUCUAUUAUGAGACACAGUACAACCAACCUAGUGGACAAUCAUUAUUUCCAAUGGCCAUUCCACAGUGGAUGUCAUCCGUAGGAAUACCUUCAUCCUCAACGCAACAGGAUAUGAUGUUAACGGGAGGUAUUCCUGCAGAACCAGACACACAUCUUUCACAACAACGCAUCGAGGUUGAGCAGGAGGAGACAGAGGUAUCAGAGGAGCCACAGUUACAUAGGAGAAGACGAAGGGCACCAAAUAGAUUUACUCCAGGGAGUGGGGCAUUACCUAGGCAUCGUUAGAAUGAGAUUUGAGAUGUAUUCUAGUGCUGAUCUUCAUGUUAUAAAAAUUUAAUUCAAAUUAUGAAUUCUCCUUAUUAAAUUGCCCGACUUUUCAUAUGUAGUAGUUACAAGAUUUUUUUUGCUAACGACAAAAUUUUAUUCUGCAUUCAUUUGAGAUAAAUAACAAAGAAAAAUAGUACAGUACUCAUUGUCUUAUGCAAAUACUUUAUGUCAAAGGUUCAUUAUUCAAGGAUGUCCUCCAACAACUUAGAUGCGAGCAGCAGUUAUGAAAUCAAACAAUGGAUUACAGAGGGUACCAUACGGCUGCGUGGAAGCUUAUCCUAUGCUGUCGAUGAGGACCUUGAAGCUAGGGUAGCAUCAAAUGAGCUAUUCAGGUGUAUUAUCCAUACUUGGGAUGAAGAUGAUGAUUUCUUAUUGUGGCACUUAAACGAAGAUACGAUGAAGGAAAAGGAAUAUAAAGGCAACCAUGCACGUCGAGAGUUGGGCUGGAAAUGUAUACAAGAAAGCUUCCCACUUUUUAAGCAGCACCUUGUGGGAAUAGAUUUCCUAAAAGGUCGAUUUCUAGAACUUGGUCGUACUAAAAAUGGUGACAUUGAACCCGGUUUAGGACUGUCUAUGAUGGAUAUAGACAAUUGUAUUUUAUACUCGGAGUGGAAGCCUCAACAUGAUAAGCACAUAAUAGAAUCUUAUAAACAGUUAACGGAGACUUCUAAAAAUGCUAAACCAAAGAAAUUUCUUAAUGGAGAAGAUUGGCAGCAAAUACAACAACAAUUUCAGAUCAACUUCAACUGUUGUCCUACACAAACACAUCUGCAAACUCGUCUACGAUAUCUAUUAAAUAAUAUGAAGUAGUGCGUUAAAAAAAAAAAAACAAAAUAAUAUGUUCAGCACCACUCCUAUUACCGUGCCUCGAAAUUGUACUUUAUGGUGUUAAACAUUCCUGAAAUAUGUACUUCUUCUUGUUAUGUCGAUCAUUAUGUUAUGUAUUAACAUGAACUACUGUUAAAUACUUCUCGCACUAUUUAUAUUCCAAUUUUCUA